CACAAGCGAGAGAUGUUAAUUGUUAUGAGUCGAGUACGAGUGGUGGAGACACCGACACCUUCUACGUCUACGAUGAUCUUUUAACUGAGAAAUGCACAUUGUAUGAUAAUACUAUACCGGUACAUUUUGUGAUAAAGUUUUCGAUCGACCCGAAGAUCUUGAGUUGAAGAAACACAUAUUGUCUGAAGGAAAGAUGGCUUUAUCUUCACCAUAAUGACUUGGUGCGCUGAGGAAUAGACAUCAUGACAACUAGAGAAUUAAGGAAAUCACUGAAAGAGGAGGGCGGAGGUGAUGCUCUUCCUCUUUUGGCUCCAACGUCCAUUGCUGAGGAACAAGCUUUUCAGGAGCUGAGAAGGAAACAGGUGGCUCGGCGUAUCGAGGCAACUCGGACCGAGGGUGAUGUUAUUUUGGCAGAACGAGGCUACGGGGACGAGGAGGAUGUAGAGAAUCUGCUGAGAUUAUCCGCCAAAGAGAAGCGCAAGACAGCCCUGGUGUUCCAUGAUGCAUUCUUUCUGGUCCUGGACUACCUCCAGUUCUAUGCCGUGGUCCUGGCUAUUGCUUUGCGAUGGCCAUGGCCGUAUGCUUGGAUGCAGUACACCAGGUUCAUUCUGUUUGCGAAUCUUGAUAUAUGGGAAUUCAUCAAGUUGAAUACACCAAGCAUCUAUGAAUCCACGGUUGAUCGCUUCAUCUCAAGCUCCUUACUUCCUUUUGACUAUCGCUUCCUGUUGCUGGCAUGGGGUAUUUUAAUCUUCCUUUUCAUCUCUGUCUUUAUCACCAUCUACCUUUGCAUGCAUUAUCAAAAGAAGUACAAUCUAAUGCUGCAGGUAGCCAGGUUCAAGCGCACUUAUCUUUUCCUUGCACAAGUUCUUGUGAUGCCCGUUGGGGUUGCCUUAGGAAAGGUAUUCCAUUGCAACUCUGAGAACAAUAUGGAUGUCCACAAUGAAACUCCCUGCGGAAGUGGAGAGCACAUUGCAUACAUGGCAGUGUCUUUGGCUAUCUUCUUUGGGAUGUUCAUAUUGUUGCCAGCGUGGAUGAUCGUGAAGGUCAAGUCUCAGAUCUUCAAUCUCAAGAAGAAUAGCCAUGAGUCUCAUCUCCAGCUGAAGGAAGCAGAGUUUGCUCACUCCCUGGACCUCAUCUGGGCUUUGAAACACUACCACAUGUUUUCAUCAUUCAAACUCUUCUGGACCUACUACUACCCCAUCAUGCAUUUCCUCAAGUUCAUCUUCAUCAUUGCCUAUUCUGCGAUGUUGUGGUUACCGACUUGGCAAAUGUUAGUCUUUGUCAUCCCAGUCCUCCUGCUAUUUGCGAUCAUCAUCUUUAAGUGGCCUUUCCGAGUGACCAGCUUUAACUUUCAACUUGCUAUUAACCUCCUCUGCAUGUUGGUCAUGUCCUUCAUGGGAUUCAUGCAGAACAUGGAUGGUGUUGACUCUGUGUUCUUUACUGUAACCUAUCUCUACAUUGAACUCCUUGUCAUCAAUGCCUGUUGGCUUGGCAUGACUGUCCUUUGGCUUAUCUACAUUGUUCUCCGCUACUAUGGCUGCCUCUGCAGAUCGAAAACCUUCUGGCCACAGCUCACAAGUAGCAGCCUGGAUAGCCUAGAGGAACACACCCGGAAGUACAUGCGAGCCAUCUUGUGUGGACGCAUCGUCCUGGAGCAGGCUCUUGCUUCUCCUCCGCUCUUCAGUCCUGCACAUGAGGUAGCCAGACAGAUCCAGAUUAUAAAUGCUUACUGCAGGGAAGCCGAGCUCCUUCAGGAUCCCAUCCAUGAUACCCUCUGGGAUCUCCUGGAUGAACUGAUUGAGGCUCAUAGUCGUAUCUCACAGACGUCGCUGUUUGCAGAGUCGGUCAAGGCAUCCAUCAGGGAAACUGCAAAUGAGUUCAUGAAGAUCUUACCAGAAUUCAAGAAGAGACUGGCACAGAGGGAGUAUGACUUCUCGUUGAUGACAUCACAGAAGCGUCGCAUGCUUCUCAAAAUGUACACUUUAGGAGUGUUUGUGAAUGGAAGAGGGAUGAAAUCCAAGCCCACUGCUACAAUUGAAGCCAUGGAGAAGCUCUACAACCCACAAGUUUCAGUUGUCCUCAAGCACAGAGGAGUUGAAGGUGAUGACGGGCAUUACACUCCAGAGUAUGAUGACAGUCAUUUACCCGCUGGUCCUGCAGGCUAUAGGUUCAAGCAACGGCAGGCUCCGGCUAUCAUCAUGGAGGAGAACGAGGAGGGCGAGGAGGAAGAUGAAGGAUUGCUCCCUAUCUGGCUAAGACCGCAAUCAUCUGCAUCGGUUAUAUCUGGUGUAUCGUCAAUCAAUGAUCGCGAUGAUGAUGACCUUGCAGCGUUGAUGUAUGGCAUUCCUAGUCGUAUGGGGACUGCUGUGUCCCUGGCCUACCGGUCUCAGAGUACUGGUUCCAUGCAAGGUAAGCCGUCCCGGGAGGGGUCUGUGUCGUCCCUCUCAAGACAACACCCAUCAUCAUCAUCCUCCUCACAUCACUCUUCUCGAGACUCCCUCCUCCCUGCGGCUCGUCUCGAUACCAACUUCCAGGACAUCCCAGAAGAGCUAUAAAGACAGGCAGUUGUCUCACAAUUUCCGGGUCUUUACAGGUUAAGCCCACUAUGGGAGGGUCUGGAUCUAUGGCAUCCUUUUCAGACCACACCUAAUGCAGACCUGCCAACCUCUGGGAAUGAAAAACUGUAUUCUGUGAUAAAAAGAAAAUGUAUUUUUCCAAAAAAAAAGGGUAUUUUAUAAUAAAAUGCUUGGCGCAUUCGCUCAUCGCUGCGCUCAAGUUGCAUUCAAGCUAAAAUACGCACUGCUCUUGCAGAUGAA